AUGUCGCAAUCAGAAGGAUUCUCAGGCCGAAGCCUUGCACGGCGCCUCAUAUUAGCUGCCCUUAACCAUGAAGACAAGGGCCACCCUACCGCGACACAACCUCGCCACCCGACGAUGGCGGACUUGGAAGCUGGUACCAACUUCGACAACCCAGAGUCCGCUGAGGGUCGGGCAAAACGCCUGACGGUCACGAGAACAGACGCGAAUGUUCUCAUUCCUCCUACCGACAAGCUACUCGUCUUUCGCGCGCUCACUGGCAUUGACAGCGCACCCGCACUGAGUUUAUCCCACCAUAGUCCUCGAUCUGCUCCCAAUGUGGGCAUUUACACUCGUGUCGUGCAGGCUGAAACGAAGGCUGCAAGCCACUAUCGUUUCCACUCGGCCUUGAUCAACGUCUGCCUGGGAAUCCAGAUCAUUGUUGCCGCUACCCUGACAGCUCUAGGUGCUGCCCGGGGCCCUCACAAUGCCAUCACCGCUUUUGGUGCCAUCAACACCAUUGUCGCGGGUAUCCUCACCUAUCUGAAGGGCUCAGGGCUUCCAGACCGCCUGAAGCACUAUCAGAACGAAUGGCGCAAUAUCCGGGAAUACAUUGAACAACGAGAACGUGAACUAUGCCUGCAGAACUGCGAGCUGGACGUGGAAGAAGAGAUACAGAUCAUCGAGCAAAUGUACGAAGGUGUAAAACGCGAGAUUGAAGCGACAAAGAGCGGGGGCGAUAAUCGAGCGUCUGGCCGCGACGGACCUUCUAAUCGACGCAUUCUCCCGACUGGCGAACAGCGAAGGGAACACAGCCCUCGUAUGCCGAGCCCUGCGCGGACUAUUGAACGCCCUUUGGAGAAGGUUUAG